CAGAAAUAUGCUGGCAUGACUUCCAAUAGAUGUUGUGAGAAAUUCGGGACUAUAGUGGCUGUGAUAAAAGCCGUUGUAUCUCGCAGUCUGUUUACCACACACGGAUUAAUAUGCAUUUGGCGUUUAACAGUCGUCAAGAAAAAUCUGCUCUACUGGUGUAUGGGUGGUUCGAUUCUGCUGAUUGUUCUGGAGACCAUCUUUACAUUGAAGAAGAAACGCGGCGGAGAAUGGAAAUGGUUUUGUCCAAGUGUUUUCCUGUAUUUGGCGUACAGUCUACCACCAAUAUGGUUACUGGAACUUGACCUGCUCAAGAGAAGAAUGGAUCAUCGCGUCUCUGGAGGAACAAGGACUCCGUCAGAAGUUCAAAACCUCUCUCUGCUGACACCAAACUUCAAAAUCUCAAUUAUAUUGGAUCCAGAAAAGUGGGUGCGAAUUCUUCAGCAAGUGCUUCUCCUCCUGCUUAUCAUUGGCCGUUGGCUGCUACCGAAAGGUAAGAUCUCAAGAGAACAACUUUCACAAUUGCUACUGGUCUAUAUUGGUAUGGCAGCUGAUAUAAUUGAACUAUUCGAAGCAUUCAAAGAAGAAGUGGUCAAAUACAACUGGACCUUGACCAUCGUUAUUCUCUCCCUUUGGACUGCCAGUUUGCUGCAAUUUACAUUUGUGGUCACCACAUCGAAAGCGCGCCGUCCACGCCCACUCUAUGUUAAAGAAAAGGUAGAAAGCUUGGAAGAAACUAAUUCAAAUAAGACUAACAAGGGUUUGUGUUGUUGUUGCUGUACUGCAGACAUUAUAUCCAUCUUGACGACUAUUAUCUUACAAGAUGGACCAUUCCUUGUGCUACGUAUGUUACUGAUAUUUCGAUACAACGUCUUAAGCUACACCAAUAUAUUCUUUACUUCUAAAAACACGCUCGUGAUUUUGCUUCAAUUUUACCGUUUGGUUGUUUUGUAUUGUGAAAAAAGCAGCGUUUGCAAGAAUACAGCAAAGAGUGAUACAACUACUGAAAAUUCGAAAGUGAACAGCUCGAAUUCCAAAAGCCAAAAGGCAAUCAAUAGGAAACCUAUAAAUACAAAAUCUAGCAGCAAAAAGAAAAAUGGAGCAAGUAUUGAGAAUGAAGUUAAAAAGAUGAAAUCACUCGAAAAAGAUGAUAAUAAUAAAACGGAAAAACAAAAACACAUUAAAAAUGAAAGCUCAGCUGUUAAAGACUCGACAUCAGAAGGAAAUAAUAAAAAGCAAGCUGUGUCGUCUUCGAAACAUUUAGAAGAAUCUGGUACUACUGAAUCUCAGAUAUCUGAGGAACCCGUUACUCCAUUACAUUCUGUCUCUAGAUUCUUGUUGUCGGGAUAUAAUCGAAGUCUUCAUGAUAAUGAUUCCGUUAAAGAGGAUCUCCCUCAAGUGUUAGAAUUAACAAAAACUUUUGACAAUCUUCCUGGUCCUGUUUUGUGGAGUUCUGACGAAGAUGAAUCGAUUCGUUCCAAAUCGCCUCAACGUAAUCUCAAAAUUCAAAGUAAAUCGCAUCAUCCUGUUAAAGGAAGUUUUUCUUCCCAAGAUCCAUCAAAUACGAUUAAAAGAAUAAAUGAUUCUUCCGGUGACAAUUCUCCUCGGUGGACCGCCUCACUUAAACAGGAAGAACAAGAACCAGUGGAUUCAAAAAUUGUUGAGCCAUCACAUGGUGUGAUUCAAAAGCGGAAGUUAAUAUUUCCAAAACUUAAUAAAAAGACGCGAAAAUAGAUUUUUAAAAAUUGAUCUAAAAAUAAGAAAAAGUAGAUAAUCUGGAAGGCAAAACCAUUGUAGAAGAACAUCAAUCUUCGUUGGAAUCAGAUCUUAAAAAUAAAAAUAAAAAUUAUUAGAGAUACGGCUAUAGAGGAAAUACUCAUGGGUGACGCUACAAUUUUGUAAAAUACGUUAGUUUAUAUUAACCUAGUUGAUGCAGAAGAAUAAAAUCUAUGGCAACUGACAUUCUUGUAAAGCUAAAAGGCAUUAAAAGCUCAAAUAAAGUUUUAAGAAAUCAAUUUGUGUCAAUAAUCAGAUCGCAAAAAUGCGAUGGAACUAUUUAAGACUUCAUAGUAGCCGGUUACUAUUUAACAAAUAAACCACAACUGAACGUAAA